UUUCUCUCUGUCUCUCUCUCUCUCCUCUCAAGCUUACCCCAUUCUUCCUAUCCCUCUUCCGUCGCAAGUAUUAAAUUCGUCUUCCUCCCGGGAACGGCGCUAAGAUCGAACUCCCCUCGUCAUAAACCUUCAUUGGGUUUACCCCCUUACCCCCUUCCUUAGCUUCGCCUUCCCCCUUCACAUUUCCCACACACUGGUGCUUCACCGAGCUGAGCGAGAAGGAGAAAGAGAGAAAGAAAGACCAGACGCGCCAGAACUCAGAGAGUAAGAGAGAGGCUCACUCGACAACCGAAAAAAAAAAAAUUACCCCAUCUUCAUCUCGCUCUUCUUUCAUCUCACUACACACAACAAACUACACACACAUUCAUACACACACGCGCUCCGCCCGCGCUACUUCUCUUUCCUCUCACUAGCACCACGGGAAAACCGCACUACGCAAGACACACGCACGCACGCACGCACGUUCUUUGCUUCCAGCAUUCGGCAGCGGCAGCACGAGCACGUACCUCGCUCGUCGACGUCGUCAAGUCGAGUAAAGUCGGAAAGACCAGAGGAAGGAGCAUCCACCCUCCGCCACCACUCGUGCCCACCAGCCCACUCACCCACCCACCUCGCCCUCCAGUAUCCGUACACUACGUACCUGCUCUCGUACCAAGGCCAAGGUCAACCACGCCCCCCUACCGCACGAGCAUCGAAGCAUCAGCACCCACCACUCAGCUACCUUAGCUACCGUACAUACAGUCUACGGAGUAUUCCUACACCUCUCUCUCUCACCCGACACGACACUACCGUACCUCGCCCAGCCUGUCGAAAGCUGUGCUGGCUGUCUACCAGACUCUCCUCGCUCUUGCUGCGUGUGAGUGAGUACGCACUGCUCCUGCAGCAACCAGCGCAUCACCCAACUCAUCACCACCCUCCUCCGCACUGCAUCACCGCGCUCAGUCGCUUCUUCUGCGUUGCAGCACCUGCAUCCCACAGUCUCCUGCAUCCUGCCAGCCAGAUCAGACAAGAGUCAGUUGCUUUCUCGGGACUCCCAUCUGCCAUCUCGUCAAGUCAGGUCCCGACCUCUACACCAGGCCAAAUCCAGACACACGCCAACCCCGAUCAAAGAAGAGGCACACCCUACGCUAUACGCAAAGAGGAACCCUUCGACAUCCCAUCCUUUUCGCCAACCCCACUCAACCUUUAGUCUCCCUCUCCUCGGUGUACGGAGUACCUACCCUCUCAUACGCCUACGGCACUGUUCGCCGCCUUUGGCCCAGGUUCCAUACACACACCCAGCUCGUGGGCCUUCCCACCCCUGUCCUAUCUCCGAUCCAGACGCUAAGGACUCGCUCGGCCUGAACUCAAGCGGAGAGCCCAGCCCAUCCAUUACUACUUAGCGCACUAUUUUAGUGUCGCUCUCCCCAGGCAAUACCGUCAACCUCUUUCUCAGCCAAAGCGAGUAAGAGCCAGAGGAAAGAAAAAAAAAAGAGGCGUCCUUUCCGUGAUCUGGCAAAGACAACGCUAUCCUUGCCACUUUGAGAGAUCCUCGCUCAGGGCCGUGGCUAGCGACUUUGUUGUCAUCACAUCCCCAUUUAACCAUAAACCCGAGCCCUUGGGUGGCCCGCGCUAUCUUGGCCGCCAUCUUUAUACACCAUCGUCGCGCCGCCUCAAGUCUCACUUCACUCCCGACAUCAGUUGUCUACUACUACUACUACUUCUUCCAUUAUCCUUCUUUUCCUUCUUCAAGUGCAAGCCCAACCCGCUACCGCUACUUGAAAGACCGCUUCCUGAGCCAUCCCAUCGACCGCUCUUGCACCCGGAAAAGAAGAGAAAAGGAACCGUCUACCACGAACCUGCGAAUCAUUUCCCCGUUGGCUUGAGAACUAAGGACUCUCCGGCCAAUUCUUUGCGACCCAAGACGUUCCUCUGAACUGUAGCAUGUUCUUGGUCCCAACGCAACACCAGUUCGUUGACAACCACGCAUCACUGCUCUCUUCAGGCUCGCCACAGCUUGGAGGUUCCCGCCCAGAAGCCGCUGCCAUCAGCUCGCUCCUGACCUCGCUCAGCACCUCUAUGGAACGCAGUGCUACCGAGUACUCGCAGUCAGGUUUGCCUUCGCCUUACCCAAGCAACUGCGGCGACACCCGUUCUGAAGGUUCAUCUGCAGAUCACGCAUCUGCUGCGCAAUACGCGACCCAACAAGAGGUUCGCCCCAGCAACUACUCGACCUCAGCGACGCCCACCUCCGAGUACAGCGUCUACCCGCCUUCUGCGCGGUCAGGAUCCUUCCCUGAACACAUUCAGCGAUCAUACCAUCCUGCUAGCAACCACAACGGUGGCAGCGGAGGCAUGGCGCAACAAGCAAGCAGUCCGUCUUUGCCCCAGCAAGAUGGCCGUAACCAUCAGGUCCCUCUGGCCAAGUCUGACCACGAUGUACCCAUAGAUCCGUCGAUAGCGGCGCCGAGUCCUACCUACGCGUACGGACAGCCCUCUCCCUACGGUCCUCCCCCCGGAGACAUGUCGCAUUCCUACCAGCAUCCCGCCUACCAACCCCGUCCCGAUUGGACCGGCUACGGCCAACACAGCGCCGGUCCCCUGACUCCCGCAAGCCACGUCUUUCCCCCGACACCGAGCUCUGCCCCUCCCCAGGGACGACCCAGCCAGGUAUACUCUUUCGUUCCAAUCCCGGGUGCCCAGCAGCACAAGCGACCCCGUCGACGAUAUGAGGAGAUUGAGCGCAUGUACAAGUGCGGCUGGAAUGGUUGCGAGAAGGCUUAUGGCACAUUGAACCAUCUCAACGCACACGUCACAAUGCAGUCUCACGGACAGAAGAGAACACCUGAAGAGUUCAAGGAAAUCCGCAAGGAAUGGAAGCAACGCAAGAAGGAGGAGGAGGCCGCUCGUAAGGCCGAGGACGAACGUCAGCGUCAAGCUGCGGCCGCCGCACAGGCCGCUGCCCAGAACGGUUCAGGUGAUCCUCAGUCUGCACCCGACGGCUCAUCGUCAGCUUCUGCAUACGCGCCUGGUCGCCAGGUCCAGUUGCCGCCCAUCGGAUAUCAGCCCUCGCAGUACCCUGCGCCCCCGUCUGGAGGUGUUGCGCAGCAGCCUCUGCCCGAGUACAACGGCUCCCACAUGUACUCGGCCAACUACCAACCUCAGUCUCCCUACGGCCAGCCGAACCAGAGCAUGUACAACUCACAUAACGGUGCUCAGGCUUCAAGCCACUGAGGACGGCUGACCCGCCAACGAAAGGGACCCAACCGUAAUGAUGAAAGAGGAGAUGAGCUUGUACAUUAUCGGGUUCCCUUUCACACGACGACAGCCGCACAUCCGUAAAUGUCUAUACUACGAACUUUCAACUUCGUUUCCUUCGGCUACUAGACGCGCGGCAAAAUUCUGGUUUACGAAGCGAUAUCCGCCAAUUGAUGGCUUUGGGAUUUUCACGUUUCGAUCGAGUACACGCACAGCAUGGUUUCGAUGCGUUACCACCAUUUUCAUAGGCGCCUCAGGCACACCCGUCUGAGGCUUGAUCAUUCACAUCGCGAUGCGAUGCUGAUGUUUCUUCCUCGGUUUUCUUUUCUCCACAUAAGAUGAUGCAUUGGGCAACGGCUUUUUCCUUGGACCGGUGUGGUUUCUGCAUUUACGAGAACGGUUGAGAGGGGUCAUGAUUUGACGAAACGGGUGGAGGCUCGCUUUGGUUGGCCAUUCAUGGUCUCAGUUUGGAGAGGGUUUCUUGACAUGGGCGCAAGCCGGCUUCGAUUUGAACGAUGUCACGGGCUCGAUAUUUGAUCUCACGGAGCAGUCUCGCCCCCGAGCAAUCGAGGACAAAGAUGCUCCGUGAUGAUUGGGAAAAGGACGACCGGCCUGAUGCCUGGGGGUUAAGCACGAUCGAGACCCCAACUCUCCAUCCUUUGCAGACGAUACCUUUUUCCUUUUCAAGACUUGGGUCCCUCGAGGGAGCUGCUCUUCUCGGAUGGCGAUAAGGAUUUUCGGAAAAUGGGGACUUUUUUCUCGGUAGAGGGCGAAAGCACAGGAUUGGCAAGGACGGACCUUUGGAGUGGCCGAGAUACCUAUACAUACACGGACGUUCAGGGCGUCGACAGAAUGCGUUUGACAGUUGAUUUGCUUUUUUCGCGGUGGAAAAGG